AUGGGUUCUAGUUUUAUGGGUUGGGAUUACUAUAGCAGUUCGAGAUUGGAGGGUAGAAUCCUUUUGAUUUGGAAGGCUAGCUGGGUUAAAAUUGAAACUAUAAAAGAUCAAGAUCAAUUCCUUCAUUGUAGGGUUCGGCUAUGUUCCACAAAUCAGGAUUUUUGUCUUACAGUUGUUUAUGGCUCAAACCAGUUGGAGACCAGGAGAUCUCUUUGGUCUGAAUUAGCCAAUUUAACUUUCCCUGUUAAACCUUGGCUAAUUGUAGGUGACUUUAAUGCAGUUUUUGAUUCUAAUGAUAGAAUGGGAGGUAGGGCUAUUACAAUGAAAGAGCUAGAAGAUGCAAGACAUUGGCUUGAUGUUGGCUUGGUGGAAGAAAUGAAGAUAAUGGGCUCGUUUUAUACUUGGUCGAAUAAUCAGGAAGGGGGAAAUCGUAUUUUCUCCAAGUUAGACAGGGUGUUUUUCAAUGAGGAUUGGCUGGACUCUUUUCCUAAUGUUAUUGCAUUUAUGCAUUGGGAGAAAUUUAACUGGAGGAUCAUUGGAGAUGUGGUCAGAAAGUAUGAGGAAAGUAAAAGAGUUUAUCAACAAGCUAAAUCCUUGCUUUUCUUAGACCCGAAGAAUCAUAGCCUUUGUUUUGCUGAAAAAGCCUAUUUUCUGGAGUUUAAGAAGAAGGAGAAAAUAUAUGCCAGUUAUCUUUAUCAGAAGAGCAAGAUAGAUUGGCUUCAUUUUGGUGAUGACAACUCCUCAGUUUUUUAUGCUAGUAUGAAGAAAAGGAAAAUAGCCAACAGGAUUUUGUCUUUUGUGACUGAAGGAGGCCGAAUUGAAGACAAUUACCCAAAGGUGAUCAACCAUUUUGUUCAGUAUUUUCAGACUUUCUUGGGUUACUCAAGUAAAGCUUCAGGUAAUGUAGAUUCUUCCACAAUAGCUUUGGGUCCGAUUCUGAACUUUGAAGAUCAGUUGGAGAUGAUCAAACCUUUUUCUUGUCAAGAUGUAAAAGCAGCAAUGUUCAGUAUAAGCUCAAUUAAAAGCCCUGGUCCUGAUGGCUUUGGAGCUGGUUUCUUUAAAAGCUUAUGGAAGGACAUAGGGAAAGAGGUGUCUAAGGCAGUCCCUGAGUUCUUUGACACAGGGCAUAUUCCUAAGUCUAUGAACAACACUAUUUUAGCUCUCAUUCCUAAGAUUGAUCAUCCUACUACUGCUGCUGAGUAUAGACCUAUUGCUUCUUGUACUACUAUUUACAAAUGCAUCUAA